ACACCUUCAUAACUUUUCUCCCAAAUAUCUGAAUGAUCUCCUUUACUAAAAUUCAAUAUGGCGGAAACGAACGCGUUUAUUUCUCACUCUUCAGCUAGAUUUUCUAAAAAAUGAUUAAAAUGGAUUAAAUUAAGAUUGUGUUCUCAAAGUUUAAAAAUGUACUAACAAAUCAGUUCUAGUAUUUAUCUACAUGCAGUCAUAAACUUUAUUGUACACAUAGCUGCAAUCUCAAUCAUAAACUAAUUUAGAAACACUCACGCACAAUGUAUAACUGGAAUGCUCAAAUGCGCGGAACAGGCUUCCCCAUGCAUCCCCAACAGAUGAUGCAAUAUCAGGGGAUGCAGCAGUCUUUCCAGCCUGGAAUGCCUUACCAAGGGCCCAUGCAGCCACAGAACUGGGGACCCCAGCAGCCACCAAACUAUCAGGGCAUGGGAGCUCCAGCCAUGGGAAUGAUGAUGGGUCAGACAUGGAUGCCUCAGGCACCAGGCAUGUAUCCCACUGGCUACGCUGACCCCAUGGCUAUGGCUGGUGUGAUGGGAGGCAUGAACCCCAUGCCGCCUAUGCAGCCCCCACCUGAGGAGAAACCGCCCCUACCCGCAGAGCCGCCACCACCGCUUCCAAAUGAAAAGCCACCGCCUCCGCAAGAGCAAGCCAAACCUCCAUUGCCUGCUCAGAGUAAAAGCAAGUGGGAUCAAACUACUAAAUCUACUGACUUAAAUUCCCAGUAUAAGCCUGGAGUUGCAUCAAAUCAACCUCAGGGUCCCAUGAUGCCAGGGAUUGCCACCAAUCAAACUCCAGGUCCAAUGAUGCCAGGCAUUGCCAACAAUCAACCUCCAAAUCAAAUGAUGCCAGGGGUUGCCGGCAGUCAAGUUCAGGGUCCUAUGCUGCAGAAUAUGAAUGCGGCGUCAUUGGCUCCACAGCCUGCUCCUCCACAUUUACCACCUACUAACCAGAGCCAAACCGCCACUGAACCAGCAAUUGGUAGACCUCAGACAAAACCACCACCAGAUCCAGCUUUAGUUGCAGAGUUGGAUAGGAUAAACCAAGAACGGCAACUUUUCUUAGAUCAAUACAAACAGUGGAAGAAACAGUAUGAUGAUUGGCGGGAACAGAACCAAAAUCACCCAAACAAGGAACAGUUCCAGCAAUAUCUUGAGCAGUGGCAGACCUACGAACAGCAAAUGGAACUUCGCAGAAGUACUAUCGACUCUCAGAAACAGGCUGUUUUAGAAAAACUUUCACUGACUUCUUAUGGUGUUACUGUUAUGGCAGAUAGUGUUGACCCUGUCAAAAAAACUGCUGAAGGGGUCAAAGCGUCCCGCUGGGAUAGUGCUAAGAAGGAAACGCCUCCUAGCAAUCAAGCUUUCGGAAGGCCAAACUCUGCGAGAGAUGAUCCUUCAUUGACUCGAACGAAUCUUUCAGAAAAUAAAGGGGGCCCGCCCUCAACAGUCAGUGAGAAAAAGUUUGACAGCAAAGAACAAAGUGUUUUUCAGGGAAAACCCAAUCUUCGAGAGCAGGUCUCUUCUCCCUCUGGCCAGGUCAAGAUUCCAGGCAUUGGUGACGAUGAUAAGGGGGAAGAGGAUAUGAAUCUGGAUGAAGAUGAAAAUGGUGUAGGUGGCAUCAUAGAGAGCAGACAGCAGGCUGCUGAGAAAAUGUGGAUGUCUGGUGGUCAGCCAGAGUCAUCUGCUGAUACAUCAGGAUUACCUUCAUAUCAACUUGACGCUAACAACUCUAAUAAUUGGAAUACCUGGAACCAAGCUCCAGGUGGACCAGACCAAGGUCAAUGGGGGAAUCAAGGCAGCAGUUUUGGACCUCAAGGACCAGACUUUCAAGCUGGGCCUCGAAUGGGAAACAACUUUUAUGGUGGCCCCAAUUUCCCUGGAGGCCCUAGGCAAGGUCCUGAUUUUCAAGGUGGUCCAAGACCUGAUUUCCAUGGAGGCCCUAGACUAGGUCCUGACUACCAUGGUGGUCCCAGGAUGGGUGCUGACUUUCAUGGCGGUCCAAGAAUGGGUGCUGGCUUCCAGAGUGGUCCUAGGAUGAUGGGCCCUAACUUCCAAGGUGGUCCCAAGAUGGGUCCAGAUUUCCAAGGAGGCCCUAGAAUUGGUCCUGAUUUCCAACAAGAAACAGUUCCUGACUUCCAAGAUGGUCCAAGAGCUGGUACUGACUUUCAAGGUGGUCCAAGACCAGGUCCUGAUGUUCAAGGUGGUCCAAGACCAGGUUCUGAUUUUCAAGGUGGUCCAAGAUCAGGACCUGAUUUUCAAGAUGGCCCAAGACCAGGUCCAGACUUUCAAGGUGGUCCAAGACCAGGCCCUGACUUUCAAGGUGGUCCAAGACAAGGAUUUCCCAAUCAAGCCAGAUUUCAAGGGCGUGAUAAUUUUAGAGGUAGAGGACGAGGGGACUGGAAUAACAUGAGAGGCAAUGGGCCAAGGUUUGGUAGACCUGGCAUGAAUGAAGGACCUAGAUUUCCUGGGCCACCAAACAAUGAAACAGAGUUUCCAGAAGAAGAAACAUUCAACCAAGGACCUGGAGAAGAAAAUAACCCAGACUUUGAACAUGAUAAUAGUUACCUAGAUAACCCUUUUUUCAAUGGCCCAGUGCCCGACAGAGGCAGAGGUCAAAGAGGAAGAGGUGGACGCGGUGGAGAAUUUCAGAGAGGAGGAAUGGGGCCUGACUUUCCAAUGGGAAGAGGCAGCGAUUUUCAAAGCGGCAGAGGCGGAGACAUGGGGCGAGGAAGGGGGGAGCUACCAAUGGGCAGAGGAAGUGAUUCUCAAAGAGGAACUAGGGGUGGUGGAAGUGACUUUAUGCUUGGUAGAGGAGGGGAGUUUCAAAGAGGCAGAGGAGAGGAGUUUCAAAGAGGAAGAGGAGGGGAGUUUCAGAGAGGAAGAGGUGGACAAUUUCAGAGAGGCCCCGAUGACAUGUUUAGUGACGGACCUGAUUCAAAUUUUUUUGAUGCAGAGGAAGGUCCAGGCAGAGGCGGAUUCCAAUUUCGAGGCAGGGGUAGGGGGCAAGCCCCACUUUUGCGUUCCCAGCCCCCAUCACUGUUGGAUGUGAAUUUCGACGAUUGCAUGAGAGAAAGGUUUCCAGACUUUGAUCCCUCUUGUGCAGACCCGGAAGAAGAAAGCUUCAGACGAGAACAAUUUAUGGACGACCCUGGUUUCCAAGACAACAAUUUCUUAGAGGAGGGCAUCAGACCCAUGGGCCGAGGUCGUGGCCGAGGAUUCUCAGAACCCAGUGAGUUUGAAAACUUUGAGGAGGGUGCCCCUCAAAGGGGCAGAGGGAUGUUGAGAGGCAGAGGACUAUUGGAUCGUGGGAGAGGAUUGCUUAGACCAAGAGGGGGAUUAAAUAAUGAACCGUCCUUUGAAGACAUAAGUUAUGGAGCUAGAGGCCGUGGGAGAGGUAUGCCUGGAUUCGAUGAGUUUCCCGACAGGCCAGUAGAACUAGAUGAACCUGAAGAUGCGUUUCCAGAAAGUUUUGCAAACAGAGGCAGAGGAAGGGGGGCAGGAAGAGGCAUGAGAGGCAGAGGGGGUUUUGGAGAUCUACAAGAGUUUGAAGACUUUGGGGAAGGCCCACCAAUAGAAGGACCUUUUAGAGGAAGGGGAAGAGGAGGAGUACCAUUUGGACGAGGCAGAGGACGUGGAAUGGGAGCUGGUCCUUGGAGCAAUGACCCGGAUAUGGAACCUCAUUUACUUGGACAUCUGGGUCCAGAAGAUGGCAGGGAUUCAUUAGGUCCACUAAGAGGCAAAGAGUUGCCUUUAGGUCCUUUUGAGGGUGAGCCAGAUCUAAAAAAACCAAGGUUUGACUUGGAACUUCCCAUUGAUACAGAUAGGAGAGGCAAGAAGCCAUAUCCGCCACAUGCAAGAGAUCCUUUUGAUCCCUAUAGAGACCCAUUUGCCGAUCCUUACCACAGAUUUCCAGACCCUUAUUUCCGAGACCCAUAUUUAGAUGCUCACUAUGGAUUUGAUCGACUUGCUUUUGACAGAUAUGGUCCUUUGCCACCUGACAGAAAACCUUUCAUUCCAGCUGAAAGCAUUGAUUAUGGCCAUGGUGGACUCAAUAAAGAAAAAAAAUCAAUUAUACCAGCUGAAGUAAUUGACUAUGGGCAUGGCCAAGCCUCUGAUACCAAGUCAUCAGCUCCACAAAGUGUCCUAGAGAGAGAACGAGCCGGACUCUUUGCUGCUGGGAGUAAAGAUGGAGACUCAGUAGACAUGCACAGAGAUAGGAACAUGGGUAAAGGGGUUGGUGAUUGGCCAGCCAGCAGGGACUACAGAGAUGCAGACUACAGAGAUGAUUAUGGUGACCGGGGGUCAAGAGACAUGGAUCUCAGAUCAAGAGAACACGCAGCUCCUUCGGGUUUCGGCUACGGCAGUGAACGUGAAGAGGGCAGGUUCAGGUCUCGGUUGCUGGCAGAUGAGGAUAUGAGGUUCGGUCGCCGCGGCGAGCCUGACUACCCAGAAAGGUUGGCAGACGAGAGAGAGGACCACUUUGGUAGAGUAAGAUUUGGUGCCAGAGGUGAUGACAGAAGAAUACAUGACUAUGAUAGUCGAGGAGACGCACUUUCAUCUUCUAAAAUGGACGAAAGAAUUUCCUUCCCCAGGGGGGAGGAUUCUUAUGGUCCACGAAGAGACGACUAUUUGAGGUUACAUGAUGAGGAUAUCAGAGGCGGACGUGGUUUACCCCAUAGAGACAGCUUUGCCAGAGAUCCCUAUAGCCGUGAUGAGAGGGACCCUUACAGAGGAGAAAGCACGUUUGGUAGAAUUCCAUCCCCUGCACCUGGCACUCCACCUACAAGUGCAUCACUUACUGAACCUGAAACUGUGAAAAUUGAAGAUAUACUCUGUCCUCCUGGACGUUUGACCAGACCUCCUCAAAUAGUUGUCAUAAUUCGUGGUUUACCUGGGAGUGGCAAAACUUACAUCAGUAAACUCAUCCGGGAGAAAGAAACAAACUAUGGAGGCUCAGCUGCUAGAAUGUUGUGUCUAGAUGAUUAUUUCAUGGUGGAAUCAGACAAAGAAGUCAUUGAUCCUGAUACAGGCAAAAAAGUCAAAAAGAAGGUGAUGGAAUAUGAAUAUGAACAAGCUCUGGAGGAGGCUUACCGACAAAGUCUACUCAAGUCUUUUAAGAAAACUGUAGAUGAUGGAUUCUUUCCCUUUAUAAUCCUGGAUGCCACCAAUGAAAGGGUGGCUCACUUUUCAGAGUUCUGGAGCUACGCUAAGUCAAGAGGUUUCCAGGUGUAUGUAGGUGAACUUAAGGUUGAUGUGGCCACCUGUAUACAGCGUAACGUACAUAAUUGGACUGAGUGGGAUAUUGAGAAGGUGAAGAACAACUGGGAGCAGCUUCCUUGUCACUACAUUCGACUUGAUCUGCGCUGGCUGCUACAAGAGGAGUCAAUACCAGAGGUUGUCAUGGAGGAGUCAGCUGCUGGGGCUAAGGAGGUGCAGGAGAAGAAAGAGGGUCAAGAGGAAGAAGAAGAGGAGACACCAUCAGAUGGGGUCCAGCCCGUGCCGGAAGUAGCUUCAGGUGUUCCCCUGGUAAGGCCAUCCAUUUCAUUCAAGUUGACCAGCACAAGUAAGAUGAAACUGACCAGUGAAUGAGUUGCCAGCUUGGACAGUGUCCUGAAAGUAGUCGUUCUACUCCAAAAAAUGACCAGACCCUACACGGUAGUUCUGUCCAUUGUGUCCACUGGUACUGAGGGUUGCGCCUUAGAACUUCUGUGUUGACCUUGAUGAGGAAUGGACAGAACAACCCUAGUGACCACAUUCGGCUGGACACUGGUCAUCUCAGUGGUCUUCUUUAUAUUUAAACCGGACAUGCUUAUCAGGUCCGAUGUUUAUUGGACCCAAAUACACUUGAUGUCAAGUGUAUCUGAAAUUAGCAAUAUUUAAAAGAGUGGAGAUCGUAAGGGUCUUACGUCACCAAGCAAAACACAUUAAUGAUUUUGUUCAAAAGUCCCUUCGACCUAAUGACUAUGCCACGUGUUCUGACUUCUGCUUUAGAUAUUGGUCCUUGAUGUUUCAUUUGUUGACUUACUGGAUUACUCUCAUUGCUGUGUUGCUCAGUUUUAUUUGUUUCGUUUUAUUUUAAUGACCUACAUUUUUAUUUGGUUGCUGUUUUUUACUAUUUUUUAAAAAUUAAAUUCAAGACUGGUGAUAAUGUACUUUAUGUCACGUGACAUUAUGGCUGUGUUUGAUUGGCUCGCUACUGUUUCUCGUUCUGUUGUUACCGAAAAGAAUCAAAUGUUGCAGAAAUGUAGGCUCAUUGACCUACUUAAUUGAAUAGUUGAUUUUAGAGCAGUGCUGUGUGUUUGAAACCACUCAGACAAUAUAGAGUCAUUCUUUAUCCCCCCAAAAAAUAAAUUAUUUCAACUUGUUGUAGCGGUUUACAUUGAAACAAAAAAUGUUUACAUAUUAGUGAUGUAUUCAAUUAAAUCGCCAAAAUAAAUUUGACCAAAGGCACUCUUUUGCAUGUAUACAUUUUUAUACAUUUCUUUCAAGUUUCUUUUCACAUUUUUUUAAAAUUGUUGUUUUUAAUUUUUUCAUAUUUUUUUUUUAUUUGUUGAAAGUUUACAUUCGUUUUUUAAAAGAAUUCAGACAUUUUGUUGAACGAAACAAUGUUCCAUUCAUUUUGGCGUUUGCAGCUCAUGUUUUUAGUUUGUGUUUUUAGUUCAUGAUAACAAAAAGUGUGGUGAGCCCCCGUUGGAUAGAAAACGAAACAAACUAAAAUACAAAAGCAAGAUUUUUGUUGAACUGUUUUAUUUUAAUGACACCCGCGACAUAUCAUUGUGCGUGUGUGUGUGUGAUUAUAGACUUAGUGUUUGUGCUACGUAUGCCCAAGGCAGCACAUUCAAAUGGGCAUCCAGCACUAAGAAGUAUUGAGCAAGGGGGGGGUGGAGCCUUUUGUUAUCUAGUAGAAAAAAAAAAGAGAAAGAAAAAAUUAAGAAAUAAAAUUGUGGGGAGGAUGACGUCACGUGAUUUGCAUGCUUUUUAUUUUCUUUUAUUCGUAGAAUAUGUUCAUGGCGCGCUGCUCGAGUGUGGGCGAUAGGACUUCAAGCUUGUCUCUAGUAGAGUUGACAGCUGACUGAAGGAGUCUCAUAUUAAUACACAGUAUUACCCCGAAGCUGUCUUAUUGGUUCUUACUAUUGUUUAUUAUGUAUGUUGCCUGUUAAUGAUGUUCCGUGUAUAUUUGACUAAUCUGAGGAAUUGUAGUUUAAAUGUUGGUCCAGGGAUGUGUGAAUUUUUUAAAAAGUAUUUGAGAUUGUUAAUUCGCUUGUUAAAAAUGUUUCCAGACAGUCAUAGGGCACAGUGAUACAACUGUCACUGCUUUUGAUUAUCACCACUCGUCAUUGAGGCAAUUAGGUCAGAAGGGCAGUAAUAUAUUAAAAAUGUAAGGCAAGUUAGUCUGAAAGGCAAUCAUGUAUGUAUAAUCUUGGGCAAGUAUGCCUGAAUGGUAAUUAUAUAAGGCGGGUAGACCAGUAAGACACUCAUCUUUUUGAAGUCUCAUUAGGUGAAUAUGUCAUAGGUUAUUAGCCCUAUAUGGCAGUCAUCUCUAUUUGCCUUUAGGCAGCUCAGUAAACACGACUCUGCUCGAGUCGGGUGUCAUAGGUAGCCAAGCCAAGUUCAAGCGUACUUAGCCUCUCGACCACGCUUCCCUCUUCUAGAGUACACUUUUAAGCUCAGACACUUGGACUUAUCAAAUAGAAAGCGCUCAUUUAUGGUCUUAGUUUUAACACAUUAAAUUAGAAACCGGAAGUUGUCAUAGGUCUACAAUUGUUCUGCAUCUACGGACCAAAGUUUGAAGAUCACUUCUUUGAUCCACGUCUGUUAUUGACAUGCUCAUUGGGUAUCAAAGCAAGGGCAAGGUCGUCUACAUAUUGUUUCAUAUUCCGCUGUCUGAAUCUUUAGUAUUUUGUUUGCUUUAAGAUUGUCAUAAGCAUGUACAUUUUUUUU